UGAACCCACCCCGAUACAUGUGGAUUAAUGUGAAUUCGACUACAUUCAAACAAGCCCUGACACAAUUCUCACCGCCAGUCUGCAGAAAGCUUGAGACUGAGAUCAUGCCAUGUCACCGAUCCGCGCCCCCCUCCUGCUGACCAAUCGCGGCCCGCCGUGCACCUCUUUAAAUUUCAAGCACGCUCCUUAUUCGCGUCUCACUACGCAACCGCCCGAACGACUCUUCCAGUCUCCUCGCGAGUUUCCUUCAACUUCCCGCCAUCUUCGAUCCGUGCGUAAUGGCACCCAAGGCGGAGAAGAAGCCGGCCGAGAAGAAGCCCGCGGCGGAGGAGAAGGCACCCAAGGCGGCGGAGAAGAAGCCACCCAAGGCCGAGAAGCGGCUACCGUCGUCCAAGGACGGCGGCGGCGGCGGCGGCAAGAAGGGCAAGAAGAAGGCGAAGAAGAGCGUCGAGACCUACAAGAUCUACAUCUUCAAGGUGCUGAAGCAGGUGCACCCGGACAUCGGCAUCUCCGCCAAGGCCAUGUCCAUCAUGAACUCCUUCAUCAACGACAUCUUCGAGAAGCUCGCGCAGGAGGCGGCGCGCCUCGCCAGGUACAACAAGAAGCCCACCAUCACGUCGCGCGAGAUCCAGACCUCGGUCCGCCUCGUCCUCCCCGGCGAGCUCGCCAAGCACGCUGUCUCCGAGGGCACCAAGGCCGUCACCAAGUUCACCUCCGCCUAGAAUGGUAGAUGAUUCCCGCUUGACCUUGUUCUUGACGGCUCUUCCCUUUGUUAGGCAAUGGGUCGAGAAUUGUUCUGUAAUUGGUGGUGAUGUGUAGGGUUUUACGAACAAUGUAAUGAAUUAAUGAAUGCUAGUGCUACGUUUGGUAUGUGAAUCUGAAUGUAUUGUCGCUGUAAUUUGGCAAUUGAUAAUACUCUGCAAUACUCGUUCAAACUCUGAACUUUGUUUGGCAUGAGCAACCGAAUUGAAA